AUGGAAGAUAUCGAGGCACCUGGUGCAACAUUCCAGAUAUUAACUUGGUGGAAGGUGAAUUCUGGCAAGUUUCCAGUCCUUUCCCAAAUAGCCAGGGAUGUGCUAGUCAUUCUUAUCACUACGGUUGCCUCUGAGUCGGCAUUUAGCACUGGAGGUCAUUUCUUGGAUGUUUAUUGGAGUUCAUUGUCUCUGACCACCAUUGAGGCCCUCGUUUGCAUACAGAACUGGUUAAGUUCAACACCUAUUGAAAUAGAUACCGUUGAUGCUCAGAGCUAUAGGCUUGAAUCGGAUAUAAUUUUAGUAUAUUCCAAGAAUGUCGAGGAUCAUGAAAGUCACCUUAGGAUGGUAGUAGGGAAGCUUAAGGAGCAUCAGUUGUUCGCUAAACUCAACAAGUCUGAGUUUUGGCUGGAGAAAGCUAAGUUCUUUGGUCAUGUGAUAUCUAGGGAAGGAGUCACAGUGGACUCGAGUAAGAUUGAAGUAGUCAUGGAGUGGCAACAUCCUAUCAUGAUACAUGAGGUUAGGAGUUUCUUGGGACUAGCUGGUUACAAUAGGAGAUUCGUGAAAAGAUUCUCCAAGUUAUCAUGCUCUCUCAUGACAUUGACUAGGACGAAUGUCAAAUUCAUUUGGACUAAACAGUGUGAACAAAGCUUUGAGGAAUUAAAGAGAAGGUUAACCAUAGCCCCUGUGUUAGCAUUACCAGAGCCUUACAAGCCAUUUGUUGUUUAUAGUGACGCAUCAAAUUACGGACUAGGAUGUGUCCUAACACAAGAAGGGAGGGUACUGGCUUAUGUGUCCAGGCAAUCAAAGGAGUUGGAGUUAGCAGCUGUAGUGUUCACCUAG